AUGAGGAUAGUGACGGAAAGAGAACAGGAAAAGUUCCGGAACUACAUUGAUGGCGAGCUCAAAAAGGCGCAACGCAAAAACGUGCGUCGUCUGGCGGGCGAAGAAGGCGGUUACAAGUCGCUGGAUGAGCUGAACCACGACCUGAUCCAACUGGUCAACAUCCUCACCUACUCGGUGACGCAGACACAGGCCCAACAAGUGGACUACUCGGCAACAAACACCGAAUCGCAUCAUCUGGACCGUUUGGCGGCCCUCAAGAAGUACAAGGACGGCGUUGAUGGAAGUGGAUCGGAGUCCAGUACUCCUGUGGGGUCUCCUAUGAGAGACGUGACCACCGACGAUGAAGGAGCACACAAUUCACGAGACGUGACUCCCAAACCCGACGCUCUUUCGGACAAGACCUUGUCUGAGAACGUCGACAACACUCUGGCCGGCACCGGAGAAGCAUGUCCUGUUUUUGAUAUCAACCAGCAACAGACCAUUGAUUUCAAGGACAGCAGCAUUCCUGGCAACGUUGACACCUCGUCCCUGUAUGGUCAGACAUUUUACCUGCUGCGGUUGGCAGACGACUACAACGCGUACCUGCCCCAUUACGAAGGCACCCAGUCCAUGUUUGACUUGUUGAACGGUCUGAACAAGGUGUUCAAGGACAUGUUGGUGGGCAAGCUGGAGGGAGUGGCAUUAACACAGACAGAGGCCACGAGACUGCAGAGUAUAGCCCAGACCAGCCGAGUGUUGGUUGCAAGCAAGUGGGAUGAGACCACGGGUGAAGUGGCCAAGGUGUAUGAGGAUGUGAUUGACAUUGUGGCAUAG